AGAAUCAGCUGGUCAGCGGGUAUAUUUUUCAAUAUGGCGGCGUUUGCUGAUCUGAACGUUCCCUUCCUCGAUGAUCCACGUGCAACUGAAAAACUCGUCGCUAAAGCUGUUAAGCUCGGUUACGAGACUAUUGCAAUCUCCAAAACCUAUAUAUUCCAGAAUGAGGUAGAUAAAGGGAAGAAAAAAGGAAAGAGAAAGGUAAAAAACCACGUUGCUGUGACACCAAUAGAUUGGGAUGCUCUUCCUUCCAUUCAAGACAUGAGAAAAAGAAACCCCAAGUUGAAGUUUUAUUCGCGGAUAACUGUACCACUGGAGGAUCAAAGCCACGUUGCAAUAAUUUCAAGCGAAGUUGUGCAGUCUUUUGAUAUUUUAGCCGUUCAGCCAACAACUGAUAAACUUUAUCAACAAGCUUGCAAGACGCUAGAAAUUGACAUUAUUUCCUUUGAUAUGACGAGGAGGUUACCCUUUCACUUAAGGUUCCCAGCAAUUCAUGCAGCCGCUGAGCGUGGAGUACAUUUUGAGAUUAUUUAUUCGACUGCGUUGCGGAGUCCGUCGGAAAGAACAACAAUGUUGUCUAUUGCUAUGGACCUCGCAAUUUUCACCAAAGGAAAAAACAUCAUCAUAACAAGUGGAGCAGAGGACGUGCUUGAUUUUCGUGGACCGUAUGAUAUCGUUAAUCUAGGAAUGCUCUUUAAAUUAAAGGAAGAACAAUCAAAAUCUGCAGUUACAAAAAACUGUAGAGCUGUUUUGUUUCAUUCUGAGGCCAGAAAAGGCACAGAAAAGUCCAUAAUUUCAGGGAAGCUGUUAUCUUUACAACCUAAUGAGAAUGAAAGGAAUAUAAACAGUACCUUUGGCAAUGAAGAUGAGGAAAGUAAAGGUGCUGUCAACGAGAACAGUGUAACUGAAACUAAUGGGAAUGAAGAUGGUGAGCCAGAGGAAAAGAGAGCAAAAAUUCCAUAG